CUGUAUAUGACGAUAUUUACAGUGUUGAUUUAUUCGAGUAAAAGUUUACAUCGCGACAACGCAUUACUGGAGAGGGGUCUGCCCUUUUGCUUUCAAAAUGUAUUUAUUAUCGUAUUUUAUAUCGUUACUACUAUUGGAUCUAGGAAUAUUAAAAUCAAUAACUAAUGCCAGAUUUACAGAAAAUUAUAGUAUAAAUCAACAAGAACAAUUAUCAAGAAUUAAUAAUUAUGAAAUCGUUCAGCCAUAUCGCCUACAGGGUAGAAAUAGAAGAGAUAUGUCAACAUUAACCGAGGAUGGUCAUCUCAAAUCAUCAACAUUUGUUAUUCCAGGGACUGAUAGGCAAUUUAUAUUGGAUGUUUAUUUAAAUGAAGAUUUAUUUCCUGAUAGUUAUGUUAUAAUAAGCGACCGACCUGAUGGACAGUUGGUGACUAAAAAACCACAUUCAAAGCAUCAUUGUUACUACCAUGGUACAGUAAGAAAUACCAAUUCGUCAUCCGUUGCCAUAGACACAUGUUCAGGGAUAAGUGGUGUGAUUGUCGCUGAUUCAGAAACCUUUUAUAUCGAGCCUUUUGAAGAUUCCGAAUCAGAUCACCUCAUUUACAAGCCAAAAGAUGUACAGUGGAAAAAGAAGUUUUUUGAUGAUUCCAAGAUUUAUAAACGUCCUGAUGACCAAGAAGAUCUUGAAAACUUGCUUGCCCUUCCACGCCAGAAACGAGAUGUAUUUACAGAAACAAAGUACAUUGAACUCGUUAUUGUUGCUGAUAAUGCUGAGUUCCUUCUUCGUGACGGAAGUGUGAAAAACACAGAGGAGCGAUGCAAACAAGUUGCAAAUAUUAUGGAUAUGACUUACAAACCUCUUAAUGUACGUGUCGCCCUCGCUAGUGUUGUUGUAUGGAAUUUAAAAGAUAAGAUAGUUUUUGAUUCGGAUGCUGGCAAGACGAUGUCAUUAUUUCAGAAGUGGAGAAAGGAUGAUCUUUUGUCAAUUAUAAAGCACGACAAUGCGCAGUUUAUGACGGGUAAUGACUUUGAGGGUAGUACAGUUGGAAUGGCGUCUCUUGGUGGAAUGUGCUCCAUUGAGAAAUCAGCAGGUGUAAAUGAGGACCAUUCCCCGGAAGCUGCAGGCGUGGCUGCGACCAUGUGCCACGAGAUGGGACAUAACCUGGGCUUUUAUCACGAUGAAGAUACUUGUGUUUGCUCAGAGACGCGGGAAGGUGUGGGCUGCAUCAUGGGACCGGUGGCAUCGUCAACCCCACCAACUGUUUGGUCAGAAUGUACUAAGGAACACCUUAAAACUGCCCUGGAGAAGGGCCUAGCUUCUUGUCUGUUCAACUAUCCAGUAAUUAUCUAUGAUGGUCCAAUUUGCGGAAAUGGUUAUGUGGAGAAAGGGGAACAAUGUGAUUGUGGCGCAGUUGAGCAUUGUGAUAAUGACUGCUGUGUGGCGCAGACUUGCAUGCUACAUGAGAAUGCCACGUGUGCAGUAGGUGAAUGCUGCGAAAAUUGUCACUUAAAACCUGCAGGAGAAGAAUGUCGAGGAAUGGUGAAUGAAUGUGACCUCCCAGAGUAUUGUACAGGACAUUCACAUGAAUGUCCUGCAAAUGUCUAUAUACAAAAUGGAGAGACGUGCAUGAAUCGUGCAGAGGCGACAUGUUACGAUGGACAGUGUAUCACCUAUGACAACAUGUGUAAAACCCUGUGGGGUUCAGUAUCCAAACAAGGUAUUGAUAGUUGUUACGAAUAUAAUAUACAAGGCACAUUCUACGGCAACUGUGGAUCCGAGAAAAACGGCGACGACGAAACAUACUUUAAAUGCAAACACAAAGAUAUAAAGUGCGGUAAAUUGUUUUGUGAGGGCGGUCCAACAUACCCUAUCAUUGGCUCAUUGGUUCGCUCCCAAGUUUUACACGCAUACGAAGGGAACCAGAAACAUAUAUGUAAAACCGCUUCUGUUGAUUUUGGCACUGAUGUUCCCGACCCGGGACUCGUUGUGGAUGGUGCACGGUGUGCACCAAACUCGGUUUGCAGUAAUUUUGAGUGUAAAAACUUAACUGAAUUGGGAAUCACACCUUGCCCUCAUAAUUGUUAUGGAAAUGGGGUGUGUAACAGCAAUAAUCACUGCCAUUGUGAUAAAGAUUGGGAUCCUCCUCUAUGCAGGGAUCCUGGCUAUGGUGGUAGCAUUGAUAGCGGUCCAUCACGACCACCUCAAACAAUAACUACUACUAUACCUAUAGUAGAAAGUGAUGUAGAUACAAGAGGUAAUAGUAAGAAUAGUCACUGAAACAAUAAUUUGUGAUGAUAAUAAUUAACGAUAAUAAUAAUAAGGAUGGCAAUAAUGUUGACGAUUAUUAUCAUAUUGAUUUUGAGGACGAUAAUUAUGGUGGUGGUAAAUAAUGAUAAUUAUAAUUAUAUUAAUUAUGUGUAAGCAAUAUUAAUAAUGUUAAUGAGAAUAAAAAAUAGCAAUUCUUAAUGUUAAUACCAUUCUCACUUAUUACUGUAGUAUUGUUUAUAUGUCUUGAGUUUAUAUGUAUUUCUAAUAUAAAUGUUUUAACUAUAAUAUUACAUUAAUUUCUAGAUAAUGAAUAGUUAUAUUUCUACUAACUAAAAUCACCAUUUAUCUUUUUACAGUCACCCCCACAAUACCAUUAUUAGGAAAUGAUGUAGAAUCAACAGGUACUUGUCAUGUCGCAAAUCCUUGUUUUUGUUUUUGACUUAUUUGUAAACUUUUUUUUUUAUCAUUUACAACAAAUUUUUGUCAUACUCUUCAGUUUAUUUAAAUUUCUUUUGUUUUUGGUAAUAAGCUUACUUAAUGUUAACCAGUCAGUAUGUUUGCUUUGUGUGAAUACAUGUUGGUUUGUGUGCUAGAUAUAAAAACAAACAAGUGGGAUUUCCAAAAAGUUAAAACAUUCAUAAAAUAGUGAAAAGAGGAAGGGGUGAGUUAUAUGGUUGGAGCAGAGGGAUUUAGGAACAGUGGUGAAGCUAUAGUUUCAAACUACGUUUUAGUAAAGAAAUUCUAUAGUUGUUACCUUUAAUUCAUUCAUCCUCUAUUCUGAUGAUUAUAAAGUAAUUUAUAAACUAUUUUAGUAUGAUCAUUAUUAAACAUAGUGUAAAAAUGUAAUUGUUUUGAAGAAUUAUACAAAGCAAAUUAUUAAAAGCACACUCACUCUCACCUAAAUCUGUACACCUUUAUUUAACCCUGCCAUCCAAUUCAUGGGCAUAGGAUAGGGUAGUGCAAACGCAUCCCCCUCCCCAAUGGAAGCGAAGUAGUUUCACUAAGUGGGUUAACAUAUGAAAAAUGUUAACCCACCCGGCGCAAGCUCGGUGGUCUAGGUAUGAUGCCAGGCUAGUGAUCUGGAGAUCGUGGGUUCGAGUCCCACCUGAGAACAACUUGCAAUUUUUUUUGCGAUUGUUUGCACGCGUACUGAGGAUUCAGUACAUUUCCACGUCAGGUAGGGCAAAAUUACACAUUAUACUUGAUUCUCCUGACGCAAAUCCAGUUAUUGUCUAUUCCAUCAAGACAAUAACAAUUACUAUCAUAUGAAAAAUGACUACUAAGUUUUCAUUGGAAUAGGGAUUUAGUUCUUGAAUUCUCAAUUGCCACCCUCGGUAUACAGUUGUUAUUUUCAAUCUUCCUUGAGAAUCUUUCCACUCCGACUAACAUCCUAAACAUAAUCCAUGCUCCACUAUAAUUCUUCUGUCGUUCAAUUAUUUUACUUUAUUUCUCAACAUCAUUAUUUUCAUAUAUUCUCUCCACAAUGACAUAGUGACAUGUCUGAAUAUCAUUAUUUUCAAAUACAGCUCUCCCUCUAAUUAACACUCUAUAUACGUAUUUCUAAAUAUUGUUUGCUCUUAUCAGCACAAAUACAGGGAUAUACGCACAUGCUAGUAUUCAAGUGGCAGGUUCAAUAAUUGUCUGUGCACGCAAUUCAACACUGCAAGCUGUAUAACACUGUGUACCGAUGCCUUGCAUGCACUUCCCAACACAUUAUGCACUCAUUACGUCAUUUUGUGCAUACUUGCUAACAAUGGUGGUGCUAGAGGGAGCCUGGGAGUGAGGUCAUGGAAGGCAUUGGCCCACCCCUUCCCCCUGCCCCUGCCACCAUGCACAUCGCACACUUUUUUUUUUUACUCCUUAAGUGCACAACUCCCCACCUAUGCAUGUUCAGUUUGUUUCAUUCGUUCAAUAUUGGGUUAACAUUGCUGUAAUCAUAAUAUACUUACUGGUUGUGAUGACUCAUCUAAAGAGGGUAUUGCAAGUUGCACUGAGGGCAACUAGAUUAGACUGGAAUCCCCAGUUGUGAAUCUGCGUGCAAUAGAAUUAUGCCACUUUAGCAUGCUGUGAUGCCUGGAUUAGCAUCGCAUCAUGCUGAUGUUAAUUAUUCAAAUCUUCCAUUACGUAUACAUUUUGUUCAAGCAAAUGACAAAGCAAUAUUGGUAUCAGAUAAUCUUUUAACCAGGAACUACCAAUUAGCAGAGAUUGUCUGGGGUUUUCUGUAUGAUUAAAUAGUGUGGUUACAUACAGUACAUCAUUAAUGAGUUGCUAAUCUUACUAUAUUUUUUUAGUUGAAUGGCACUUCCACACUCAUGUCAUCCAAUUCUAAUCCCAUAUUACCAUACAGGUGAUUCUGUAUACACUGGUAUUUCCACGGUAUUUUCAAAUUUAUCCCCAUAUCGUCCCAAGCUGUACCAAGGCAUUUGAAGUUUUAAGUAGUUUUGUUUAGUAGAGCUGUUAAUUGCAUUAUGGGAAGUGAAAAUAUUUUAAUUACUUUUGCUAGGUUUGGUCAUGAUUGUAAAAUAUGUUUUUGAGUUAAUUUGUAACAAUGUGUAAUAUACUGCAUUGAUGCUACAAACAACAUGUGUUUUCAAUAUACUAUUCAAAAUAUGUGUUUAGUUCAAAAUAUAAUUGUCAGAUGUAUUCUCCUUAAU